AGGACGUAGUUCCGAAGCUUAUAAAUCACAAGGUGACAGUUUUACGGCGUACUCGUUACCUCUAGGCGUAUCACUGCGACCCCGGUCCUCUAGUGCUGUAUCUAAUAGGCUUCAAGCAUGUACGCGUGUGCUAAGUUUGUCACCUCACCUGCUGUGCUCCGUGGAGGAUCCAGGGCUUUGGCCCGGCCUGUUUCAGUGCUGUUCAGCAGACCUGAGGCGAGAACUGAGCAGGCUGCUCUGUUGCCAGUCAGUGAAGCAAGCCUUCUUAAUGUAACCCGGGGGAUCCAGACCAGUGCUGUAUCCAGAGAUAUCGACACUGCGGCCAAGUUCAUUGGUGCUGGCGCUGCCACAGUCGGUGUGGCCGGAUCAGGAGCAGGAAUCGGGACGGUGUUCGGCAGCCUCAUUAUUGGCUAUGCCAGGAAUCCCUCCCUGAAGCAGCAGCUCUUUUCCUAUGCCAUUUUGGGCUUUGCUUUGUCUGAGGCCAUGGGUUUGUUCUGUCUGAUGGUGGCGUUCCUCAUCCUGUUCGCCAUGUAAUUUGGAUGUCUUCUCCUCUCUCGCGGUUCGACUCAUGAUCUGGAGACUGGACACACAGAUUAGGCCGUGGCACCGCCAUUCCAACAAAACAACGAGAAGCUCUCCCUUUUUAUGUUUCCCCCAUACAGUUUUUCUCGAUCUGAAAAGUUUUAUGUAAGAACUCACUUCUCAAGACCAUCUGAAUAAAUUGUUGAAAUCUG